CGAUGCUGUCCCCCCGGCCGUGCCCGCGGGCUCUGGGGGUGCUGCCCGGGGCCACGGCGGGGGUUGUGCCCCCCACGCCCGGCCCCCGCGGGGCUGGCCGGCGGUGCCAGCCGGGCUGUCCAGCCCCGGUAUCGGAUCCUCCCGGAGGGAGGGGGCUUGGAGCUUAUUUAACGUGCCCGGCCCGGCCGGGCGGGCGCACUCGGAGCACGGGGAGCUCAGCCGCAGCCAUGGGAUCGCAGCUGGAAGGGGCCAUGGAGACCCUGAUCAAUGUCUUCCACCACUACUCGGGCAAGGAGGGGGACAAGUACAAGCUGAGCAAGAAGGAGCUCAAGGAGCUGCUGCAGAGCGAGCUGGGAUGUUUCCUGGAGACCCAGAAGGACGCGGGGGCGGUGGAGAAGAUCAUGCAGGACCUGGAUGAGAACGGCGACGGGGAGGUGGAUUUCCAGGAGUUCGUGGUCCUGGUGGCCGCCCUGACCGUGGCCUGCAACACCUUCUUCUGGGAGAACGCCUGACGCCGCUCCUGCCGCAGCAGGACGUGGGCUCCCAAAAUCCAGAGCCCCCCCGCCACCCCCCAGCUCGCCCCCUCUCCUCCCCAGCAUUCCCAGGGGAUCCCGCAGGGAUCCAGUUCCACAAUAAAGGCUCCGACCCGGCCCGA